AUGACGGUUGCAGAAGAAAAAACUCAUCCUGUCACGGAGUCUGCAAUCAUUGACUUUGUCCGCGCAUGCAAUGAAAUAGGCAAGGCAAUGCCAGAUGCCACUGCCGAACCAAUGCUAUGGUUUGUCCAGCCAGAAGAUAGCCUGGACUACACCAGAUUCGUCAAUUUGCAGCCAUUGGAAACUCACCGAGAGCUGAGUUCAUACGAGGACGACAGUUCUAGUCGCCGAGUCCAAAUGCCAACGAACAAGAGGGAAAUUUGA